AUGGCUGACGCUAUGCGAGCCGCACUACAGUCAUCGUCAGCAAUGGCCGAAGCGACGCAAGAACGCGACAUGCGUGCCUCGUACGAUGCCAUCAACGCACGACUCGACAAUGAUUUGGUCGCUAAAGGACACUCUAUCAACAACUUACCGCCUUUAAUACGCCUUUUCGAAGGGCAAAACAAUGUCGGACCAUUUGCAGUCAUGGUCGACUUUGCCUGCACACCUAGGCAGCGUCUAGUGAAUUGGAGAAACUGCAGAGAACACAAGAACAAACUGACGACGAUGGACCUGUCUGAUCCGGAAGCGGUACUCAGAAAGAUAGAGGUUGAAGCAUGUGGUAUACCCCAAGUAGGUGGGAACAAUACUUCGACCAUGGCUGGGAGCGCCGUCCCAACGGGUUUUGGGCCGCAACACCCAAGGCAGACAGCGAGCGCUAAUCUCGUUCACCCAGCCUUUGCCCACGAUAGGCCAACAACGCCGCAGUUACCCUGUACGCUGCUCUCACCUUACUCAACACCGACUCAGCAGCCUACAAAAAUUGCAAAUGCACCGUCGAGCAGCCCAACACAACCGUGGACGCGAAGCGGCUCACCUUACGCGAAGAAUGCUGAAGCUAAGAAUGUCUCAAAGACGCCGACUCCUACCUCAUCAUCUUUCGAACCCGGUUCCGCGCAAGAACACCUUCAAGAGAGUCGGGUGUACACGAUGGAGGGACACAUGCCGCACCUGUCCACAAACAUGUACCGACUUCCCAACAAUAGCGCUACAUACAGCAGCCCAUACAACAAUCAGAACAUAGCUUCUCAUGCUGAGAAAGGCUACGGACAAGCACCCUUACUGGAAAGCGCCACUGUUCGCAGCCGUUUGUACAACGCUCCAGUCGCUGUGAGGUCAAACCGUGGGGCCACACACCAGCAGCAGACGCCAUAUGCAAGUUUCAAGUCCUUUCCUGGAGCCGGAAACAAUCAGUUCGAAAGUUCUCAAUCAGGGCAAUCGAUGCAGCAAAACGGCUGCGCACCGUUCGGCAAUAGUUCGAACCCACGACCGACCUACCAGCCUGGAAUACCAGCGCAUUCUCAGCAACAUAAUGCAUACAUGUCUGUCUACAAUACUUCUAGCUCAGGUCUAGCCUAUCAGUCUGGAGCCCAGGCUCAGCUCCAGCAGCGGAACGGAUACACAUCUGUUGGGGAAGGAGCAAUCUCAAGGCCAGCCAAUCGACCCAGCACCCAGCCGCAGCCUCAGCAGCGGAACGCAAAACCUGUCAUGGAUCCUUUGGCAGAGUUUCGGGCCGCAGUCAACUGUCGGCAAACCCCAGGGCUUCACAUGCCCGAGAGCGCUGACUGCCGGGAACAGGUGAGGCAACAUAUGCCCGAAAAGAACAACACCCAGCCACCUGCGAGGAUCUCUAUAGAAGUCCCACAUAGAGUGCAGCCGGGCCAACACGGCAUCCUGAUUCCUUCGGGCUAUCGACCUGCCGCUUCCAUCAAGCAUCACCAUCACAGUGGGUUGAGCGACUCCGCUAUCGUGCAAACAACGAUAGAACAGCCGCCACAGAAGAAGCAUAAGACCACUGUGCCGAGCUAUGCGCGUGCCACCCAUCCCAACUCCUACCCAGGGGCUGCAACACCAAUUCCACAACCUCGUGCCAGGACAAAGGAAGAAAUGGAACACGAACAACAACUCGCAGCCUCGAAGAAGCACAAAGCUGAAAAAGAAGAGCAAGAGUGUAAAGAGGCAGAACGAAAGAAGAAGCUUAAUGCGGAGCUCACUGCUGAACUGAGGACGGGUGACGAAGUCCUCACCCAUCGCUACCGAGAAUACUUAGAGGUCAACCCGCUGCCCAAGGGCGAACGCCCGAAUGGCUAUUAUCUCAGCUUUCUGGCCAAUCAGAUCGUUGAUAAAAGCGACCAGACCGAAGGGGCGAUGGCGGUGCGAUACGCAAAGGAGAAAUAUUGGAAUCAGUGGAAAAUCAGUGACAAGCUGACGGUCAUCGAGCUGCUGCGGGGCAAACCAAGGAAACAAGGUCACGGCAUGUUCGCAGAGAUGAAGACUGGGGGAUAUCUAAUCACUGCGGCCGAUAUCCAGGCUAUCAGGCAGACAGCUCCAUUGUAUGCGGCACCAGAGGUCGUGCUGCCCGAGGUCGAGAUCGAGGAAUAA